AUGGAUCUUCGAUCUAUAUCUGUAUUAUCACGUAUUUAUGUUGGAUCAAUUAAUUUUGAACUAACUGAACAACAUGUACGUGUUGUAUUUGGACAAUUUGGCACAAUAAAAAGCAUCAGCAUGUCAUUAGAUCCACUUACAGGUAAACAUAAAGGUUUUUGUUUUAUUGAAUAUGAAACUCCUGAGGGUGCAUCAUUGGCUCUUGAAACAAUGAAUGGUGCUGAAUUAGGCGGAAGACAGUUGAAAGUUGGUAGACCAAAUAAUUAUACAGCUGCUACAGCUGCUGGAUUUUUGCCACCACCAAAGACUCGAAUAUAUGUUUCAAAUGUUAAUGAAUACAUAAGUGAGAGAGAUUUAAUGAGCAUAUUCGAAUCAUUUGGCAAGAUUAUACAUUGUGUUCUAAUGCCUGAUCUCAUUACAAGAAAACAUAAAGGAUAUGG